AUUGCCGUACACACUGCUGGAGGCAGAUUAUGUAUGAUUGAUUGAAGACAUUUAAAGAUCUGUUGGGAUUCGCCCAUAAAAAUGGAACAGUUCACAACUUCUGAUUAUGAAGCUGACAUGUUUAACAGCACAGAUGAAUUGUUUACCGAUCCAACCGAAUAUGAUUCUGGGCCAAGCGGAUUAUGUGACAGGCAACUGGUGCGACAGUUUAACAAGUCCUUCGAGCCGCCUCUUUACUGGAUCAUCUUUGUCAUAGGGGCUCUGGGCAACCUGCUGGUCGUCAGCAUCUUCACAACCGUGCGCAACCGCCUGAAGACCAUGACUGACGUCUACCUCCUGAACCUGGCAAUUGCGGAUCUCCUCUUCCUCGGCACGCUGCCCUUCUGGUCGACGAACGCAUCUCAGGGCUGGGUGUUUAGUGACGUCAUCUGCAAAGGAGUUUCUGCCGUCUACAAGAUCAACUUCUUCGCCAGCAUGCUCUUGCUCACCUGUAUUAGCGUGGAUCGCUACAUCGCCAUUGUCCAUGCGACGGAAGCUCACAACCAUAAAAACAAACGGAUGCUUUAUAGUAAGAUAACUUGUGCUUUUGUGUGGGUCGCCUCUUGCCUCUUAGCUCUGCCGGAAUUUCUUUUCGCCAAAGUGAAAACCUUUUCGUCCCAGCCCAACUCUUGCGUCAUGGUGUAUUCGGUUUUAGACAACAACCAGACCAAAGUCCUGGUGUUAGCUUUACAGAUCUGCGUUGGCUUCCUGUUACCUCUGCUGGUCAUAGUGAUAUGCUACUCGGUUAUUAUUCGUAAAUUGAUGCAGGCUCGAAGCUUCGAGAAACACAAAGCUUUAAAGGUCAUCUUUGCCGUUGUGGCAGCUUUCGUUUUGUCCCAAUUGCCAUACAAUGGGUAUCUGAUCAUAGAAGCCGCUCAAGCUAAUAAUGCCACGAUAACGGACUGUGACGUCAUGCAAAGUUUGGAUAUGGCUGGGCAGAUUGUGAAGGCUCUGGCCUACACGCAUUGCUGUCUGAAUCCCAUCCUGUACGUCUUUAUUGGAGUUCGCUUCCGCAGGGAUCUCUUGAGUCUGAUUCAGCGUCUGCCCUGCGGCAUAAAACUGCCCGAAAACAAAUUUCAGCAAGUUCCCAAGAGGCCUUCUGUUAUGUCGGACACUGACACAACGCCAGUUUUUUCCUUAUAGACCAACCCACUGUAAUUGCAGUAUUCACUUAUUUUUCGUUAUGUGCAUUAUUAUCAUAUCCUUAUCAUGUUAAUGUAGUUAACCAGAACCAUUAUGGGAAAUUAUGCUGAAAUGAAGUUCAAAAUGGGAGAUAGUGAAGACUUUGUAUAUAACUUAUCAAUUUUGUAGUUGUACUUUUUAGGUUUGUCAUACAUUUUUUCUACAGAAACAUUGUAAGUAUGUAAAUAGGUAUUGAGCUCAUGUGACUUAUUUUGAAUAAAGUGAUACAUUUAUAAUGAGUUUUUUAUGUUUGCUUGCUUUUUUUUUAAACGUAAAUAUAAUUAUAUAUAUAUUGGACUCUGGACCAAGUGGUGAAGGUCAAUCUAAAUGUUGAAUAAAUAAGCUUUCCAUUGA